CAUUACUUUCAAACCAAGGCUGGAUCAGCACAACGUCCAUGCUUCAUUCUUCGACGACAUUUUCAUUUAACGGUCACAUAGGUUACUUUUUUAAAAUAGUGCCUGUCAUGCUCUUCAGGUGCGGACCUGCUCAUUCUGAUAUUCAAGGCAAGUUUGUUUGUGAUAUAAUUUCGUCGAAUAAAGUGGAUUAUAUAAAUAAUUCCAGCUCAACAAAGAUAAACUUAGUAAAGGGCUCCGUAUAUGUAUAUGAAGCUUUAUUGUGGUUUUCGUUAUAUUUGCUUUCUUGACAUAGGAGUUUAUUUCCAGCGAGAGAGUUCGAGCUUUUGCCGCCAAAUAGACCCUCGAGCUGUUUUCAACAGCUGUUUAGUAUACACUCCCGUAGAUGUAGUGGAACACAUUGGGUGAAACUUUGUCUCUGAAAAUAGAUAGCCGACUACGAGGUUAUACCGAAAACGUUUUCAAACCAAGACGCCAGUUUACGGAGGACAACUACAGCGGUCAAGUAGGCUAUAUCCAGGAGUUUUAAUUGUCAAACAUGAAUCAAACAGCAGGAGUAACACAGACAUACCGGAGGUGUUCAAAAGCAGGGCAUGAGCUGGUGGGGAGUAACCCUCCUCAGAGGAACUGGAAGGGAAUUGCGAUCGCCCUGUUGGUCAUUCUGGUCAUCUGCUCCCUGAUCGUCACCUCGGUCAUCCUGCUGACACCAGGCGAGGAUGACAGCUUGGCCCUCAAGGGGAAACUGACCGUGGGGGACAUCUUCAGGAAGAACUUCAAGGUUCACGACCCUGAGGCCAAGUGGAUCAACAGUAAUGAGCUACUCUAUCGCACACGGGAGGGGGAUGUUGUCAGGUUCAACAUGGAGACAUACGAGAGGACGGUAUUGGUGCACAACAAAAAGUUUGAAAUGUACAAAGCCAGCAAGUAUGAAGUGUCUCCUGACAUGAAGCAUGUGCUGCUCGCCUACAACAUGGCACCAGUGUACCAGCACUCGUUCACUGCCUUCUACAUCAUCUGCAGCCUGGAGACUCCGGAGACAUGGAACCUGAACCCUCCAGAGGUGCGGAACGCCCAACUGCAGUACGCAGGCUGGGGACCCACGGGCCAGCAGCUGAUUUUCAUUUUUGAGAAUAACAUCUACUACCGUUCAACGGUGGAGAGCCGAUCGAUCCGCCUAGUCUCCACCGGCAAGGAGGGAGUCAUCUUCAAUGGGCUCAGCGAUUGGCUGUACGAAGAGGAGAUCUUCCAGACCCAUAUUGCCCACUGGUGGUCUCCGGACGGUGCCCGGCUGGCAUAUGCCACCAUCAACGACACCAUGGUGCCCAAGAUGGAGAUCCCCAUGUUCACAGGAACUACUUACCCUACUGGGAGGGAAUACCACUACCCUAAGGCUGGGGAGGAGAACCCAGUCAUCUCUCUGUAUGUGGUCAACCUGAAUGGGCCCCUGCACACCAUGGAGAUGAGGAGGCCUGAGGACCAGAGGAUGGGAGAGUACUAUGUCACCAUGGUGAAAUGGGCGACUACCACCAAACUGGCAGUGAACUGGUUAAACAGAGCCCAGAACAUAUCCAUGCUGACUCUGUGUCAGGCCACCACUGGCGUCUGCACCAAGAAACACGAGGACGAGAGCGAAAGUUGGCUACACAGACAGAAUGAGGAGCCGCUGUUCUCCAAAGAUGGUCUGAAAUUGUUCUUCACCAGAGCCAUCCCACAGGGAGGCAGGGGAAAGUUCUUCCACAUCUCCAUGUCCAUCACACAGCCCAACACCAGCACAGACACGCUGCAGUCGAUCACGUCUGGAGACUGGGAUGUCACCCAGGUCCUAGCCUACAACGAGGACAGCCAGCUAAUAUACUUCUUGAGUACUGAGGAUGAUCCGAAGCGAAGGCACCUCUACAGUGCGGACACGGUGGGCCCCUUCAACAGACGCUGUCUCUCCUGUGACUUCUACGAAAGCUGUGGCUACGUCAAAGGCUCCUUCAGCCACAACAUGAGCCUCUUCCUCCUCAGCUGCAAAGGCCCUGAUGUCCCGUUUGUAGCCGUGUACAGCACACAGGACAGACAGAAGGUGUUUGACCUGGAGACCAAUGAGAAUCUGAGGAUUAGGCUGGACUCCAUGCAGAUGCCCCACGUGGAAUACAAGGAGAUCACCAUGGAGGAUUACACACUAACGAUGCAGAUCCUCAAACCUGCCAGCUUUGUGGACUCAUCUCCCUAUCCUCUGCUCCUCCUCGUUGACGGCACCCCCGGUGGUCAGAUGGUAUCAGAGCUGUUCCAAAUGGACUGGGCCACGGUGCUGGUGAGCAGCUUCGGGGUCAUGGUGGUACGCUUCGACGGGCGGGGCAGCGGCUUCCAGGGGACCAACCUGCUGCACCGCGUCCAGAGGAAGCUGGGUGUGUUCGAGGAAAGGGACCAGCUGGAGGCCCUCAGUAUAAUAUCUAAAGAGCCCUACGUUGACAAGACCAGGAUUGGAGCUUUUGGCAAAGUUUAUGGAGGCUACGUGACCAGCCUGUUACUCAGCGCCGAGGAUUCCCCGGUGAAAUGUGGUGCAGCCCUCUCACCCAUCACGGACUUUGACCUAUACGCAUCAGCUUUUUCAGAGAGAUACCUGGGAAUGCCCAAGCCUGACCCAAGAGCAUAUGCGAUGGCAAAUCUAGCACACAGGGCAUCACAGUUCCUGGACAAGAAGUUUCUGAUUGUUCAUCCAACAGCAGAUGAAAAAGUCCAUUUCCAGCACACAGCUAAAUUCAUCUCCCAGCUGAUCAAUGAAAAGGCAAACUACACUCUACAGAUCUACCCAGACGAGGGCCAUUUCAUCCACAGCGAGGCCAUGCAGCAGCACCUCAGCCAGUCGCUGGUCAACUUCUUCGAGGAGUGUUUCCGGCUACCGGACAAGGUGUUCGAGGAGAGACAGGAGGAGGAGAUUGAGGAAGAGGGUUAGCCCAGACAAAACCAACACCCCUAACCAGAGCUCCAGUCUACGCCUAAGCACAAUGCCAGUCCCCAUACCUGGUUUCACAAUCCACAUGAUAUGCAACCUUCUCUUGGUUUCAACCCUCUUUAGUCCUUUUUUUCCAAUUCUCACCUUCUGGGUUUCCCCUGCGUUUCAGCAUGAUCAACCCUGAGACUGCCGCGUUGCAGAUCAACCCUGAGACUGCCGCGUUGCAGAUCAACCCUGAGACUGCCGCGUUACAGACGCUUGCUUAUCUCCUCAUCCUCAGUUUUUCUCCUCCUCUUCCUCACCUUUUGAUUCAGCACGACUCCACAAGAGACUACCGGCAGCCAUUUUUUUGACAUCGACACAAUGAAUACAUUACGAUGAAGGACCACUAGCUGAUGUCAUAUCUGGAAUGUGUUGAAAAGGCGGUCGUGCCAGGAAUAGGCAUUCUCUGGUCAUUUUAUGUUUAAAAGGACAAGCUCCUUGGAUUCCAAACGACUGGUGGGAGGGAAGGAACAUCAAAAUCCACACACAAACUUUACCAGUCAGUGAGGAGAGGGAAGACUCUAUAGCACAAACUUUACCAGUCAGUGAGGAGGGGAGACUUAAUAGCACAAACUUGUGGUCGAAGAUACACUCCACAUGGUAUCUGACGGGUCAAACUGGCUCCAGCCCAGUGUCUGGGGUGUGGGUGUCUGUGGAGAAGGGAAUGCUCCUAUUUUGAAAAUCGUGAAGACACCUUUUCAUAUCAGACUGUACUUGUGUCUGUUGUUCCUUUGUCAAGUAGCACAUUAAACAUUCCCUUCUUUGGACAUCGAUACUGUUUUUUCAGUGUUCAAGUUUAUCUUGGAAUCUUCUUGUAGCCUCACGUAUGUAUUUAAAUGGUGUAGUCUUAAUUUUUCCAUGUCAUGAAAAGGAUGUGAACCGAAUCAGUUUUGUUCUUGAUUCACAUUGUCUUGGUUUUGUUGCAAAUCGUUCUCCUCCAGUCAUUUGAAAUUCGAAGUAUAAUAUAUUUUAGUCACUGUGCCUUACUUUGGGAGCAAGCGGUCCUUUUUAUGGACUCCUUUUGUGAAAACAAAAUACAACGUGGAUCAUUGUAAAGAAAUGUUCUGUUGACCAUGGCACCAACUACUGAUGGUUAAACCUUCACUCUGAACACUUUGUAAUGUUGUCAUAGAGUACGUAUGGAAUUAUAUCAAGAGUCAAGUAAGAAAUGGUCUUCUCUAGUUCCAAAUAUAACCAAUUUCCAAAAUGGUUGUAAACAGUAGUAGUUGCAUGUAUCCUUACAUUAUUUUACAGAUGUUCAAAUGGUAAGGAAAUUUGUUUGUCUGGCUAACGACCACAUAAAAUGGUUAUAUUUUAGUAAAUGUUGUGGCAUUCCAACCCCUCUCAGUAUCACAAUUCAAACCCAUGGAUGGGUUUCAGGUGCCACUUUAAAAUUGGUCGUGUUGUAUGGCCAAAAGUAGUAGUAGUACAUUUCUAUAUAAGGUAAUUAAUAGCUUAGAAUCAUUAUCACAAUCUUUACACUAUGAAAUACAAAGGAAUUUAAAAAAAAAAAAUGAAUUUGAGGCACGAGUCUGCAUUUUUUAUUUGUCAUUUUAUCUGAAUGCCCAUUCCUGUUACUUUGUCAAUGCAUGUUAUCAAGUUAUUUGCAACUCAAUGCGAUCUUCGAUAGCUCCAUUUCAAAAUAGUAUUUUUGACAUCUUGAAUGUUCCAUACUGGCAUUACAUUUACAGUAGUAUCGUGAUUGAGAUCCCAGUCUCGUCAGCUUGAUGUGUAAAUGUUACUCAAAUGUCAUUUUAGUCUCUUAAUAUCUGAGUGUUAUUUGUGCAUAAAUGCAUUUUGAAAGUUACAUUUGAAAUUUAUUUUUGUUCUCCUGUUUCUGUCCUUGGGUUGAGUUUAAAGUGGACUUUGCUAUCGUCAGCGGCUCUGGUGAACUUUCUGACACUGGCGAUUGAACGUGAAGAUGGACUUUUGUCAAGUGACCCAAAAUAGUACAAGUAACAACUGUGGCAUGGGGGUAAAUAUCAGAAUAAACAGUAUUUUAUCGUCGUA